AUGCAAGGAGGAAAGUUUAUAACAGACGAGUUUGGAUUGUCAUUUGAAAUUAACAGUGAUACUAAUGAGAUAAGAGGAGUAAAUUGUGUUGAAGUUAAUUAUAAGGCUAUUGAGAAGAUCUCUGAUAUUAUCGAAUCAUCACUUGGUCCUAAUGGUAGGGAUAAAAUAAUAGUUGAUCAAGAUGAAAGAAUUACUGUAACUAAUGACGGUAGAACAAUACUAGAGAAUUUUAUAUCAGCUGAAAAUGUUACUUCUCCGGCUUUAGUGCUAGCUAAGGAGUUGAGUGAAAGUCAAGAUAAUGAAAUUGGUGAUGGUACUACUUCAUUAGUAUUGAUUGCUAAAGAACUUUUAAAAAAUUCACUUGAUUUAAUGAAAGUAAAAAUUCAUCCAGUAAGAAUAGCAGAAGGAAAUGUUAAAGCAUUAAACUAUGUUUUAGAGUAUAUGAAAACUGAACUAUGUGAAUCAAUAGAAAAGGAAAAAUUAAGAUAUGCUUGUUUAGAGGCGGCUAAAACAUCACUUAAUUCUAAGGUAGCUGGAUACUUUGAAGGACUGCCAGAAAUAUGUGUUAACGCACUUUUUAAUAUAUGCGGAGAAAGAGAUGGUAGUAUUGAUUUAGAGAAAAUCAAUAUUAAAUUAAUAAAAGGUGGGUUGAUGAAUCAAACUGAAUUAGUGAAUGGUGUGGUUAUUGAAAAAGAAAUGGUGAUCAGUAAAAAAAUGAUGGAACAAUUUACUGUAAAUAAAGAAUGUAAAAUUGCAUUAUUAGCUUGUCCAUUUGAACCACCUAAAUUAAAAAACACUGGUAAUAUUAUCAUAUCAAACUGUGAAGAAUACAUGAAUCUGAGUUCAUAUGAAAGAGAUACCUUUUUGGAAAUGAUUAGAUUAGUUAAAGAAUCCGGUGCUGAUUUGGUUUUGUGUCAGUGGGGAUUUGAUGAUGAGGCAACUUCAAUGUUGUUAGAAAAUGAUUUACCAGCAGUCAGAUGGGUACCUGGACAUGAACUGGGAUAUUUAGGAUCUUUAUUGAAUGGUAAGAUUGUUAGCAGAUUUGAAGAUCUCUCAUCUGAUUCUUUAGGAGUUUGUAAUGUUCGAUUAUCAGAAGUUGGAACAGAUAAUACAAAAUUUAUUUAUUUUACAAAUAAGGAAGUUAAUAAUACAACUAGCACUAUAAUAGUGAGAUGUGCUAAUAAAUUUGUAGGAGCUGAAAUUGAAAGAUCAAUAACUGAUGCACUAUGUGCAGCCAGAAAUGUGAUGGUUGAAUCAAAAAUAAUUUAUGGUGGAGGGUCAACAGAAUUAUCAAUUUAUUGUGCCAUCAAUAAUUUUAAAAGAGAUAAAAAUCACAUUUUAAAUCUUUUAGAACCAGUGGAUUGUUCAUGUUUUAAAAUGUUUGCAGAGUCUCUUUUAGUAAUUCCAGAGGUGUUAGCUAAAAACUCAGGACAUCCAACAGACUAUGUAGAAAAGAUAAUUGAUGCAAUUGUUACUAAUAAUUUGAAAAAUGUUGGAAUUGAUUGUUUUGAAGGAAACGAAUAUGCAGAAAUGGAUAAAAUGAGAGUGUUUGAGAGUUUUAAAAGUAAAGCAAGUCAAUACAAAAUGGCAGUUGAUUUUGUUAAUAGCAUUUUAAAAAUAAACGAAGCAAUAAGAAAAUAA